AUGAUUAAUGAUGCUGUUGUACCUACAUCGCAGACACAAAUUUCUCAACCUGUCAUACCAGAUCAACACCAUCAAAAUACUGGUUUAUCUGGACACAAACGAAAGACGUCUGCGCUUGAUGUAAAUGAAGCGACUGUAACAGAUGUAGAUAAAGCAAAAAGAGAUAAAGUGAGAGAACAGAAUCGACUUUCUAUGCAAAGGUUUCGAGAGAAGGUAAAAUUAAAACGGAAAAAUAAUGUAGAGUGGUCGAAAACAUAUGUGAAAAAAAUUUAUUCGGAUCCUGUCAGACAUUCAGUUUUCAAAGCCAAUAUGGCACGUUAUCAAAGGAAUCGCACAGCUCGAUUGAAGAAAGACCCUGUAGCUUACGAGAAGAUUAUACAAUCCAAGAAUGCUGGAAGGAGAAGAAGAAAUGAGACAAAGAGGCAAAAAACCAGUGAAGGAACGCCAGGCGAGACCAGUGAUUCAGAAGAAGUGGAUCUGGAGCUUCGAUUAGGUUUGCCUACAUAUUCACAGAUGAGAAACCCAAGCAGGACUGGAAGCCCAGUUGAAUUACAAAAAAUCCCACUUGAUCAAUCCUACACUCGUGCUCCAUCGCAAUCGAGUAGAAAGCAAAAAGCUACUGUAUUGGAUGCAGGCGAUACGGCCGUUUCAGGUCGCAGACAGUAUUCAAGAAGUGCAGCAUCACGAGAACAUAAUCGAAAUAGAAUGAAACAACGUCGAGACAGAAUAAAGGCAAAGGGUGGUGAGGCUUAUCAAGCCUUACGUGAAAAAGAAACCCGAUGGACUAGGAAUUAUUUGAAUAAGAUUUAUCAAAAUCCCGAAUGGCAUGCUUCACACAAGGCGAAGAAGGCACAAAAGCAAAGAGAACGUUAUGUGGUAUUACGGAAAGAUCCAGAUGAGUACGAAAAGUACUUACAGUCAAAGAAAGAGCAAGCAGCUAAAGGAAGGCGAACAAAUAAAGAGGACUCCGGAGAAAGUACAUCACCCAGUUCUGAAAUUGAUUUGGAAUUGAGACUCAGACCACCUCAAACUCUUAGCAGCCCAAUUGCUGCACCUAAGCCGUCUUCAACUGCUGGUCAACAGUCAACAGAAAGUACCCCUCUGCAAUCACCUCAAUCAGUGUCUAGGCGUUACGGUAUCAAGCUCCUGACAGAAGAAGAGACAAGAUUUGGACGUGGCAAACCAAGUGAUAAGACCAUGCGUGAUCGAAUCCGGAUGCGAGAAAGGCGUCAAAAGAUUGAGGAUGCGGGUGGGGAAACUUUGAAGAGGCAUAAAGAGGACAAAGCAGCUUACAUGAGAGCUUACAGAACGAGAAAGAUGAACAAUCCAGCAACACGUAAAGAGUAUAUUGAUCAAAUAUCUGCACAACAUCGAAGAUAUCGGCAAGGGCUUUCUAGCCGUCCUGAAGCUCAAGAGAGACGAUUAUAUAAGAAAAGGGUUGCCCAACGGGCACGUAGAAAGAUGGUCAAAUUGCAGAAAGAGCAACAAAAACAGCAGCAACAGGGAUGA